UGUUAUUCUAUUCUAUUGUAUUGUGCUCUGUUCCUCCUCUGUGUUCCCAACUGGACACAGUGUUGGUGAGAGUGCCAACACAGUGGAAGGAACGAAGGUACCUCGGCAAUAUCUCUGGGAAAGAUCCAAUCUUUCACUGAGCACUCUCUCUCUCUAGGAAUCAAGAGGAUUUGGAGCGCUGAUGGAGGAUUCCGCUCGAAGUGGGUUGCAUGACAUCAAUUUGGCUUCAAGAAAAGCUGAAGAAGCAGCUUGGAGACGAUACCAGGCGGCAGGGUGGCUUGAUAGCCUAGUUGGCCCUCUCGGUUUGCCGGGUCAGCCGUCUGAGAGAGAGUUCAUUUCCUGCUUAAGAAAUGGCCAGGUUUUGUGCAAUGCAAUCAACAAAAUUUAUCCGGGAGCAGUUUCCAAGGUCGUGGAGAAUAAUCCUGCUCAGCUGUCCGUUCACCGAGAAACUCAGCCACUUCCUGCUUAUCAAUACUUCGAGAACGUGCGGAACUUUCUGGUGGCUAUGGAAGAGCUUAAGUUGCCCGCUUUUGAAGCUUCUGAUCUCGAGAGGCACAAUUUGGAAGCAGGGUCAUCUGCUAAGCUCGUUGAUUGCAUAUUGGGCCUAAAAGCCUACCACGAGAAUAAGCAAUUGGCCAACAGCGGAAAUGGGCGUUGUAAGCACCUGAGAUCUCCCUUGGUCAAGCAUUCUGCUGGUAGGAUCCAUUCGUGGGCCCCAGCACCAUCUUCAUCAGACUCUUGUCGACGCUUGGAAAUGUCAACAGCAUCCGAAAAACCACCUAAUGUUAGCGAAAUGGGAAUACUAGAAGAGUCCAUAGUCAGAUUGCUAGCUAAUUCCAUGGUUGAGGCCAAGGAAAACUUUGAUGGGAAGCUUCUCUCUACAUUCUCCAAUGGAAAUAUGGCAACUGCAAAGGAUCCAGUCAAGUUAUUUAGCAAAAUUAUCUCAACUUGCUUGGAUGACCCGCAGAUCAGUGUUCUGAAUUCAUUCUUUGAAAAUUAUACUGCAAAACGAGACAGACCAUUGUUGCAAUCAACAUCUUCAGCACAGGAGGAUCACUCUAACAUGAAAUCCAAGUGUUGCAGAACUUGCUUGAGAAAGGGUAACUGCAAUCACGGGCAGAGGUUCCAAAUGCAAGAGAGAGAACUUUCAGCACUCAAGAACUUGUUGUCCAAGGCAAGGACUGAGUUUGAGGACUUGCAGAGCCAGUUACAACAGGAUUUGAAAGAGCUUGGUGCUCAAGUCCAGGAAAUGUCCACAGCUGCUCUCGGCUAUUAUCAAGUGGUGAAAGAGAACCGGAAUUUGUAUAACAUGGUUCAGGAUUUAAAAGGAAAUAUACGGGUGUAUUGCAGAAUCCGGCCUAUUUUCAAUGAUGGAAGCGUGGUUGAUUUUAUCGGGCAAGAUGGUUCACUUGUUAUAUCAGACCCUUCAAAGCCUCAAAGAGAGGGAAGGAAAACUUUCAAGUUUAACAAGGUUUUCGGUCCAACCUCUACACAAGGCGAGGUGUUUGCAGAUAUUCAGCCACUGAUUCGAUCUGUGAUGGAUGGUUAUAAUGUUUGUAUAUUUGCCUAUGGUCAGACAGGUUCAGGCAAAACGCAUACCAUGAGUGGUCCAUUAAAUGGGUCGACAAAGGACUUGGGGAUCAAUUAUCUCGCUCUCAGUGAUCUCUUCCAGUUGUCCAGUAUGAGGAAGGACAUCACCGAUUACGACAUACGGGUUCAGAUGGUGGAGAUAUAUAAUGAACAAGUCCGCGAUCUUCUCCACAAUGAUUCCUCGACUACCAAGUUAGAGAUCCGUAGCUGCACAGCCGAUGGUGGCCUGAGCCUUCCUGAUGCUACCAUGCAUUCCGUGAAGUCCACAGCUGAUGUCGUUAAACUGAUGAAACUUGGAGAUGAAAAUCGCGUAGUCAGUUCCACAGCUCUCAACAACCGAAGCAGUCGUUCUCACAGUGUGUUGACAGUUCAUGUGAGUGGAAAAGACAUUUCGGGCAGCACCCUGCGAAGUUGCCUUCACCUGGUCGAUCUCGCAGGCAGUGAGCGCGUAGACAAGUCAGAGGUAACAGGAGAGAGGCUCAAGGAAGCACAGUACAUCAACAAGUCUCUCUCUUGUUUGGGAGAUGUUAUCACCACGUUGGCUCAGAAGAACUCGCACAUUCCUUAUCGCAACAGCAAGCUCACCCUUCUGUUGCAGGACUCCCUAGGUGGACAUGCAAAGACGCUGAUGUUUGCUCACGUAAAUCCUGAGGUGGAUUCCUUCGGGGAAACUGUCAGCACCUUGAAAUUUGCUCAGCGGGUUUCAACUGUCGAACUUGGAGCUGCUCGAAUGAAUAAAGAGAGCAGUGAGGUUCUGCAACUCAAAGAGCAGGUUGAGAACCUUAAGAAGGCAUUGGCAAACAAGGAAUCACGAUCUGCACAACUCUCGAAAACAACGAACUCCACAUCUCCAGUCAAGAAACCUACAACAAUGCCAGAACGAACUCCCCCACGACCCAGAAGAUUGAGCAUCGAGAACUGCAGAAACAGCACAGCUGAAAAAAAUGAGACGGCUGUGAAUCAUGAAGAGCGAAAAGCAACAAAAACUCCAGUAAGUAUUCGCUCUCGAAGGUUAAGUAUUGAGGGUCCCAGAUCAAUUAAGAAGGAUGAUUUGCCGACAAGAGUUACAAAGGAGGCAACUUUAACUCAGAGAAAUGAGAAUUUACAAGAAAGAGAUGUUGUCUCGAAGUCGUAUGGGUACUUUAGCCAAAGUGUUUCGGGUUCCAACGAGGGGUAUCAUCAACAAACUAAGGCAAUUCGAAGUCCUACCAGUGUCUCCAACCGUAAGCAGGUAGCAAAAACAGAGAGCAGACAGAGAGUAUCAACUCUUCAGGUCCUCAAGACUCCUGAGCCAAUAGUACAAAGAAACAGGAUUCCGUUGGUGAUGCAGAGUGAGGUUUGCCUUUCUACAGACCCUGAAACACCAACCAUGAUGGUCAGCAGCACGACAGGGAAAGGAUCGCAAAUCAGAAAAUCUUUCAAGACGAUCGGGAAAUUGAUCAACGGAUCCGAGAAGAGGCACCAACGGAUUUCUGUAGAGGCUUGCUCACCGAUCAGAGGAACGAGUGUUACAAGUAGCAAUGGAAGGGCAUCAAGGAGGCAGUCACUGACAGGGAUUCCACUGCCCGGUGAGAUAAGGUCCAGGAGGUCUUCUAUUGGAGGCAAACCUAUUGAAUCAUCAGACGUUAAUGAUGAGACUCGAAAUGCCAAGACCCCUCCUACCGUCCACUCAUCAUCGACGACAACGAAGAGGUGGUUAUAGAAGAUGAUGGCGUUCUUCAGUCAAUCAGUUUCAAUGUAGACAGGCUUUGACUCGAAGCUGGCUGACUCCUGCAGCGGACUCAGCCUGUGGGAUAGAGAAUUACGACUUAGCUUAAAUCUUCUGAUCAUCCAGAAAGAAUUCAGGCCGGUUGACAAUUCAGUAGUCAGAGGAAUUUUGUCACACAUUAUUCCUGUACAGGAAGACUGUCCCGGAAACAUUUCUGUUUUCACCAAAUAUGAAGAGAUUCAUAAUUCCUCUUA